AUGGCGGACGAAAAGGCCGGCCCGACUGAGGUCGCUACAGACGCUCAUGCGCCCCUGGGGAGUGUCCCCCGACCCUCAGGAUGGAUCUACAAGAGCUUCAACGUCUUCGGCAAGGAGCUCUGGUAUGCUUCUCCUCUAGUGCAGCUGCUUAUGGUUUCCUUCGUCUGCUUCUUGUGCCCUGGUAUGUUCAAUGCUCUGGGUGGUCUCGGAGGUGGUGGCCAGGUUGACCCCCAUGCCCAGACGGUUGCCAACACCGCGCUUUACGGUGUCUUCGCCGUCGUGGGUUUCUUCUCUGGAACCAUUGCCAACGUUCUCGGUCUCCGCUUCACCAUCGCCUUUGGUGGUCUGGGUUACUGCAUCUACGCCGCCUCUUUCCUGUCAUACAACCACAACCAAAACUUCGGCUUCACCGUCUUCGCUGGUGCCUUCCUUGGUCUGUGUGCUGGUCUCCUCUGGACUGGCCAGGGCGCAGUCAUGAUGUCGUACCCCACUGAGGAGUACAAGGGACGCUACAUCUCCUGGUUCUGGAUCAUUUUCAACACCGGUGCUGUCUUGGGUUCUCUGAUCCCCCUCGCUGAAAACAUCCACAAGACAUCAGGACCCGUCACAGAUGGUACUUAUGCUGGAUUCAUUGUUCUCAUGUUCAUCGGUCUUGUUCUUGGAAUUUUCCUCUGCAACGCAGACAAGAUCAUCCGAGAAGACGGUUCCAAGGUCGUCUUGAUGAAGAACCCAUCGUGGAAGACCGAGCUCUUGGGUCUCUGGGAAACUAUCCGAGCUGAGCCCUGGAUCGUCGCGCUGUUCCCCAUGUUCUUCAGCUCCAACAUCUUCUACACCUACCAGAACAACGGUCUCAACGGAGCCCAUUUCAAUGUCCGCACACGUGCCCUCAAUGGUCUGCUCUACUGGCUUGCCCAGAUCAUUGGCGCUAUCAUCAUGGGUUACUGCCUCGAUGUUGGCAAGAUUACUCGCAGCCUGCGUGCCAAGAUCUGCUGGGUUGCCCUUUUCGCCAUCACCUUUGUUGUCUGGGGCGGAGGUUACGCCUGGGAGAUCAAGCAGGUUAGCCGAAAGGAGGCUGCCACUGACGAGUACCAGGCCAGCGGUCUCGUCGACUGGACUGACGGCGGUGAGAAGUUCAUUGGCCCCAUGUUCCUCUACUUCUUCUACGGCCUCUUCGACGCUGUCUGGCAGACCUCCAUCUAUUGGUACAUGGGUGCUCUCUCCAACUCAGGACGCAAGGCCGCCAACUUGGCUGGUUUCUACAAGGGAAUCCAAAGUGCUGGUGCCUGCGCUUUCUGGUCGAUCAACAGUGAUGCCAACAUCGAGUACCGCACCAUGUUCUACGUCACCUGGGCUCUGCUCGCAUUCUCCCUCGUCUGCGCCGCCCCAGUUCUCUUCUGGAAGAUCAAGGACACCAUCACGCUGGAGGAGGAUCUCAAGUUCAGUGACGAGACUGUCGAGGACGUUGUUGUCCAGGGCACAGCUGCUGCUGAGGCCCAUGGUGUCUCCGAGAAGCGUGGCGAGGUUUAG